AGCUUUCCAGAUAGCAGCGGGAAGCAAAAGUAAUCCUCGUUUGUACAGACACUACUCGGGCAUCUGUUCAAUGCGCCGGCCGUGUGUCUUGUUGUCAUCUUUGCCUGCUCUGCUCUGCGCCGCAUGACAUGGCCUCGAACGGACAGCUACUUGCGCUGCACAACUACUACGGGACAACCGGCUAUGUCUCGCAGCCACCGCUGGCCGCGUCCAGGCCCAAGCUGCAGACGGCAGAGCGAGAUUUGGCAUCUCUAACGCUCCUCGACGCCCUCGACCGCGACGAGCGCCCUUCAUUCGCAAUCGAAACCUGUCCGUACCUGCGCCGCGACGAAACCCUCGACCUCAUAUAUGCGAACACGGCGCUGCACGCCGUCGGCGGACUGCUGGCCAAGGUAUCGGGCAACGAUGCGACGAGCCUGUUCACGCAAAGCUCGGCACCGCAACUUGCCUUCAGAGAUUGGGUUCGCGGCUAUGUGAACGAGGACGAUCUACAACGGCGCGGCAACGCGUAUACAUUCGAAGGCCAUACAUGGAGCGCCAUAACCCUAGGGCGAUACAAGAUCGUUAGCGGAGUGCCGACGCGGUUGCUGUGGGUUGACGCUGCACCGGGAGGAAAGAGCCACCGCACCAUCAUGCGCGAGCGGAAGGCGCCUCGAGGCAAACCUCGCGCCGACGCUCUACCUAUGAAACCCCAGCUGUCGCUCGCCCACGCACCCCAAAUGUCCGAGCCCAGCACCAGCUCUUCUCCGGACUCAUCCGCAAUCAACAACACGUCCUUUGACUGUACUUCUGAUGUAGUCACGGGCGUGGUGAGAGCCAGCCCGCACAUCGAUUACUUCCGCAGUGUCGACUGGGCCAAGACGCCGUUGGGACCAAUGACUUCAUGGCCCUGUGAUUUGCGUUGUAUAGCCAACACAGUAUUGAGCAACAACGUACCUGCUGUCAUGUUCUGGGGUGACGAACUUAUCAUGCUAUACAACGAGCCGUAUGUUCAGCUGCUUGGCAGCCUCCAUCCCUGCAUGGGCGAAAGUGUUUGUAUCAAGGCACCCGAUCACUGGACUUCUUUCCAACCCAUGGUCGACCACAUCAAAGCCACUGGCGAAUCCGUAGCCGAACCCGAUAUGCUCCUCUUCAUAGAGAGGGACAGCCUUCUCGAAGAGACGCACUGGUCCUUCCAAUUCGUACCUAUAUUGAACAGCCAUGGCCAAGUGACAGCCUACUACCAGACCUUUUACGAAGUUUCCAACCAUCGUAUCCUCGAACGCCGCGUCUCAAGUUUGGUGGCCAUGGGUACCCAAAGCGCAAAUGCGAGAGAUUUCCCAUCGUUUUGGGAUACUACGUUGCGCUCUCUAAGCUUGAAUGACAAGGAUGUACCGUUUGCCCUAUUGUAUGCUGCUGAGCGACAUGUUAGCGCUCAAAUACCCUCAAUGUCAUCACCGGGCAGCAUCCCCCCGCUGGAAGGUUGCAUCCUCAAGGGUACCAUUGGCGUGCCUGUCGGCCACCCUAUCGCCCCUGCGACUGUCAAUAUCAACCAGGACUCGUACAUUCUCCACGCAUUUCUGAGUCGGGCUGCCAAAUCUGGGAAAGCUACUGUUGUUCAUCUCAAUGACCUUCCUGCACCAACAACGGCAUUGGAAGGCAUUGACUGGAGAGGGUAUGGUGAUCCUUGUCGUACAUUGGUCAUAUGUCCUAUCAUUCCAACGACAGGAAAUCAAGUAGAAGGCUUUCUCAUAAUUGGCGUCAACCCCCGCCGACCCUUCGAUGAUGAGUACCAGCAAUACCUGCAGGUCAUGGUGCGAUUGCUCGCCACAUCUCUUGCGUCCAUUGUUCUUUUCGAGGACGAGGUCCGCCAAAGAGAAAACGCUAUCAUCCAAGCUGCUCAGAUUCAAGAACACCUCAUGGCUGAGAUUCAACUCAAAGAGAGUAAAUUUCAGCGCUUCGCUGAACGAUCUGACGUAGGCAUCUUCAUCAUCGAUCCAAUAGGCACCUAUACCUAUCGAAACCAACGCUGGUACGAUAUGUUUGAAGUUGCAUCUUCUGACACCAACGCCACAGAAGCCUGGUACCGGAUCGCUUUCGCCGAGGAUGUGGCUUACUGCCAAUCUAUAUUCUCGAAGCUCGUCACCAACCAUGAAUCUGUUUGCUUCGAAUUACGUACGAGGAUGCCAUGGGUGCCGCCAUCGGAGUCCAACGAGCUACAAUCUGAAGACACUCAGCACUUCAAAUGGAUUUUAUGCUCAGCCUACCCUGAACUGAGUCCGAAUGGUGAGCUUGUAGAAAUCGUUGGAAAUGUCACAGAUAUAUCAAAGCAGAAGUGGGCCGAAGGUAUCCAGAAGAUUCGCACCGACAGUGCGCUCCAAGGGAAACAGCACCUGGAGCACUUUUUAGACACAACGAGUCAUGAGAUGCGAAACCCUCUCAGCGCCAUCAUGCAGUGUGCGGAUUCCAUUACAUCCUCUUAUCCUCAAGACGAUCGCAAUGGCGAACAAAAUAUUACACCAACUGAAUGGUCAGCUUUCAUAGCCUCCACCCUGGACGCUGCUCAGACUAUAGGAGUUUGCGCGACCCACAUGAAGCAUAUCGUCGAUGACAUUCUCACUAUUUCUAAACUCGAUUCCGGUCUUCUAGACAUGACACCGGUGAUUGCGCAGCCCGAAAGCGUGGCGAAGCAUGCAGUAAAGAUGUUCUCUGCGGAAGCAAGAGCUGCCGGCAUCGACCUUGUGUUGGUCGUGGAUAAAUCGUACCGGGACAUGGACAUCGAUUGGGCGUCUCUGGACCCAACGAGGGUGCUGCAGAUUCUUAUCAACCUACUCACAAACGCCAUUAAAUUCACACGCUUGGAAUCAACUAAGCGAGUUACGGUCACCCUCACCGCAAGUGCAACCGAGCCCGCCUCGUCGCCAGCAGGGAUACAGUUCAACGAUGAGAGACUGGUAGGACAGGACUCUCAUUUGGAAGAUGACUGGAAAAACGUGCAAGAGCUAUUUUAUCUCCAAUUCUCUGUUACUGAUACUGGUCGCGGUCUUUCUGAUGAAGAAAAACGCAGCCUCUUCACCCGCUUCUCGCAAGCCUCACCUCGCACGCACAUCCACUACGGUGGAUCGGGCCUUGGGCUAUUCAUAUCGCGCCGUCUGACCGAACUGCAGGGCGGUUCGAUCGGUGUCGCCAGCGAAUCUGGAAGAGGUAGCACGUUCUCCUUCUACAUCAAAUCACGUCGAGCCAGACCAGUGAUGGCGCGGAAAGGCAGUUUACCCCAUGUUUUCCCUGAAGAUAUCAAACACAGACAGCCAAUACCGCUCGUAAGCCUGGCACGUCCGUCUCCUCCUGUGUGCAAACCCGCAAGCGAGACUGGUCCACGAUCUGACUCUGCGAGCCCAAAAGCACGACGCCGAUCGAUACAGUCAAGAUCAUCGCAGACUGAACACUCUCAUGUUCGCCCCGAAGCUCUUGGGCUACCAGAAGGUCCUAACCUACAAGAAUUGAAGCGCACAAAAAGUAUACCAGAUACGCUUCACGUUCUUGUAGUAGAAGACAAUCUUAUCAAUCAGCGUGUUCUCGCCAAACAACUGCGCAAUCUAGGAUGCAUUGUCAGCGUCGCCAACCAUGGUCAGGAAGCCCUUGACUUCCUGCCAAAGACCACACUUUGGAACAACGAUCACCCCAUGUCGGAUUCGAUUGCACUAAAGGAAAUAUACCACAUCCCAUCCACAGAGCCUAUACCUAGUGGUCACAACGAUGCCUUACCUGUCGAACUGAACCUUAUCCUCAUGGAUUGGGAGAUGCCUAUCAUGAACGGGCUGACGGCUGUUGCGGAGAUACGAAAACUUGAGGAACAAGGUUUGUUGAGGGAGAGGGUACCUAUCAUCGGGGUUACAGCGAAUGUACGCCAACAACAGAUCGAUCAGGCCAUGGCUACAGGCAUGGACGAUGUUGUUGGUAAACCCUUCAGGGUUGCUGAAUUGCUAGUGCGGAUGAGGGGGAUCGUUGCAGGGAUGGGGCCCGAAGGCCCAAAUGGCAACGCGCAUAUGACGGAGGGGUAUGCGAGCUUCGGGUGAAGCAAGAGCGACCUGAUCUCAAUUCACAAAAGACGAAGUAGUGUUGACUAGCUGCGGAUUAGGGGCUCAGCCACCACUCUACCUGCAUUGAUCCCAAGGGAUCUUCGACUACCAUGGUGGCUUAUCAUGAUACCGGACCACUAGAGCUGCCCAAAAUCGCUCUAGUCGCCCGUAACAACUUUAGCCAGCUGUCUUCAUUA